GAGAAUAUUACUUUGUAUAGGUCAAGGACGGAGAGAUUUAAAAAAUCCUUCUUUCCUUCAGCUACGUCAAUGUGGAACAAUCUCCAGGUUAGAGAACGUAAUAUAUGCACUGCUCAAGCAUUUAAACGUUCGUUGCUUCAGUACUUUGACAUUGAGAACUACAAUAAAUUAUAUGAUUUUGCCAUUAAUAGGUUUUCGUGGAUAUUAUAUACUCGCUUGCGUUUAGGCUGUUGUUUAAAGUUAAAUGUAAAAUGUCUUCAAUAUGUGCUUGUACUGAGGAUUAUGACUCUGUUGCUCACUAUUUGUUAGAAUGUCCCCGAUAUGCUGCUCCUAGACAAAACUUACUCUCGAGUGCUGCACAAAUUUUUGGUAAUAACUGGUAUCUCUUGUCGGAGUUAGAAAAGGUCAACAUUUUUCUUCACGGCUCUACGAAUUUGCAUAUGUUAGAUAAUCUGAAUCUUUUUAUGUUUGUUCAACAACAUAUAAAGGAAAUCAAACGUUUCCUUCAAUAGUCAAAUACGUGUUAAUCUGACUGAUAAGGGAACCAGUUGUUCAACUUUCCGUGUUAUAAAUUUUUCUUUGUUUUUUAUCAGUGUGGAAAUGUGUAGCGUGAGCCCCGUAGAUGAGCUUCAUGUUCUUGGGCAAACGCUAGUGAAAAAUAAAUAUGUUUAUACAAAUAAAAAAUAGAACUAUGAUUUGCCCGGUGCCGCGCUUCAUCUUACUGGCGAAUCUCAAAUUGUAUCCCAUAGCUCUCUGUCUGAUUUAGUAUUUCUCUUGUAUCGGCAACAUAAAUUUGCAAAAUAGUAUAACGACCAGUCUGGCCAUAUUUUGAAAUUUGAACUCACCGCGGUGACAAUCCAUCCAAUCAGAAGGCUUGUGCGUGGGCAAACAACUCAUCAAACAUAUGUUCUAUUGUAAUAUAAAAAUUAAUGCCCAGCAUAACGUACGCAAAAGAGCCAUAUAGACAAAAAUAUAGACGUAAAAUUUAUUUGAGAAAUACUGCGGAUUUCGAUUUACCGUUUCAGGGGUUCCGUUUCCGGUGAUUGUUUUCCCGUUAAAACGAACAAGUUGCUAAGGGCCAAUGUCAAUGUUACUAAGUGAAGUCUAGUGGUCUUUGUCCGUUGUUUUCUUAUCCGUUGUUUAUCACUUGUGAAUGUAACUGUUAUAUUCGUAUUUAUCUCGUCAUUGGCAACAUUUUGAUAUAUAAUUUACGUAGCUUUGUGGAUCAUUUCAUGUUUUUAUUGAUAUUUUGGAAAUUGUAGCGUAUAAAAGGCCAGUAAAUAAUUUUGAAGCCUUUUAUACGCUACAAUUUCCAAAAUAUCAAUAAAAACAUGAAAUGAUCCACAAAGCUUUGUCAAUUAUAUAUCAAAAUGUUACCAAAGACGAGAUAAACACGAAUAUAACAGUUACAUUUACAAAUGAUAAACAACGGACAAGAAAGCGGACAAAGACCACUAGACUUCACUUAGUAACAUUGACACUGACCGUUAGAAACGUGUAUGUUUCAACGGGAAAACAAUUACCGGAAAUUAAAGCGCUGAAACGGUAAAUCGAGAUCCUCAGUACUAACGUUUCGUUUUUAACUUAAGACAUCUUCAGAGUAAAUGAAUAUAGUAUGACAAUGAGUUACAAAUAUGAAUAAAUUACUAUUUACAAUAUCAAAUUACGAGGUAAUAGGAAUGCGGAGGAUUGGGGGGGGGAGUUAAACGAAAGAAGUCAGAGGAGUGAGAGAGGAAUGGAGCUACCUUGCUGAUUCAAAGAAGGUUUGGGCUUUGAGAUGAGAAGACUUUCACGGACGAGAAGUUCAUCUGGAGAGGAACAGGAUGAUAGAAUCUUAAAAUCAUCAAGAGAAGCAGUAUGACCUGAGUGGCUCAGAUGGGAAAAGAUGCUCGUAAGUUGAGGACUGCUGCUUGUUUUACCAGUUAAGGCAGAAAUACCCAGGUGUUCAGAGACUCGUGUAUGUAGAUGGCGGACCGUUUGGCCAAAUACGACGCGGAACAGCAUCGACACUUAAAAGAAUAAACUACACAAGACCUCAAAGCAGCGGGGAUUUUGUCCUUAAUUAAACAAGAAGAAAUUGGACAAACGUAGAGUGGGACGAAACACGAUUCUGAUGUCUAUGUGUGGGAAGGCUACAGAGCAAAGGCGUUGAAUUUGGUUAUCCUACUCGUCUCUUUAAUCGUUGUGUUCGACUCUUUCUUGAUAAAACUUUUCAACCUAAGGAAUUAAUCCAUUCUGUAUCAAAGAAAGUGGUAUACUUUUGUCUCCCAUAUACUGGAACACACUCUCUCCAAAUCCGUACCCAAAUUCAACGCCUUUGCUCUGUAGCCUUCCCAAACAUAAGCAUCAGAAUCGUGUUUUAGUCCCACUCUACGUUUGUCCAAUUUCUUCUUGUUUAAGGACAAAAUCCCCGCUGCUUUGAGGUCUUGUGUAGUUUAUUCUUUUAAGUGUCGAUGCUAUUCCGCGUCGUAUGUGGGCCAAACGGUCCGCCAUCUACAUACACGAGUCUCUGAACACCUGGGUAUUUCUGCCUUAACUGGUAAGACGAGCAGCAGUCCUCAACUUACGAGCAUCUUUUCCCAUCUGAGCCACUCAGGUCAUACUGCUUCUCUUGAUGAUUUUAAGAUUCUAUCAUCCUGUUCCUCUCCAGAUGAACUUCUCAUCCGUGGAAAUCUUCUCAUCUCAAAGCUCAAAGCUUCUUUGAAUCAGCAAGGUAGCUCCAUUCCUCUCUCACUCCUCUGACUUCUUUCCUUUAACUCCCCCCCCCCCAUCCUCGGCAUUCCUAUUACCUCGCAAUUUGAUAUUGUAAAUAGUAAUUUAUUCAUACUUGUAACUCAUUGUCAUACUAUAUUCAUUUACUCUGAAGAUGUCUUAAGUUAAAGACGAAACGUUAGUACUUCUCAAAUAAAUUUUAUGUCUAUAUUUUUUGUCUAUAUAUAUGGCUCUUUUGCGUACGUUAUGCUGGGCAUUAAUUUUUAUAUUACGAUUACGAUUUCCGCCUGGUUCAUCACUUGCAAGUAUGUUCUAUUGUCAAUUGUUACGUCCUGAUUGGUUGAGCUUGAUUCAUAAUCUUAAUUUGAAAUUGAAUUCUGAGUUUCCGUGCGCGUGUGUUCAUAUUCCAAAGUCUAGUCCGGCAGAAUAACAGAACUGGUAAUGGACGGUCAUAACGAAGAACUAUAGUUACUAAAUGAAUUAUGAAUACAGUGCCGGUCAUAGUGAGUCUGAAUUCGCUUUUACAAAUAUUUAUGCAUAAAAAAUUUGAAAAGGGAUACAAAUUUGGACUUGGUAGUCACUAGACUUUAUAAUGUCAAUGCAGGUAACUCAUUUUACUAUUUAUCAAUAUUCUAAGGGCACUUAGAAACAAAUGCAGGUAACUCAUUUUACUAUUUAUCAAUAUUCUAAGGGCACUUAAAAUUUGUUUACUUUGUACCGCAAGAGAUAUGGUACAUUGCUAUUCAUUUGAUAGUGUGCGAGAAAUUUUGCGAUGUUUAUGCUGAAAUCUGAAAUUCAAAACAUGAAAUUCAAAACAUGUAAAUCACAGCAAUUCACAGACGGAGUGCCAGACUUCUACAGUGUGUAUAAAAAAAACCUGAACCCUUUCAAAUUCAAAUUAGCUAUAACGUAUUGUAGUAAUUUGACAGCUCUAAUUGCUUUAAAUUAAUGGUUGGAUAAGAACACAAGGUUUUGUACUCAUGGGACAAAACUCAAAGAAAUAAAAAUUAGAAAAUUUAAAGAAAUACUACACAGUAUGUCCCCAAAAAAGUACCCUUAUAGCAAUAGGAUAAUUUCUAUAGAGGGUACUUUUUGGGGACACCCUGUACAGUAUUCCUUCAUUUCCUUGCGUUCUUAUCCAAUCAUUAAUUCAAAGCAAUUAGAGCUGUCAAAUUACUACAAUGCGUUAUAGCUAAUUUGCAUUUGAAAGGGUCCAGUUUUUUUUAUACACCUUGUAUUUUGCUGAAAUUAUCAGCCAAAAUAGGAUUAAUUCUGAAAGGAGAUGUUUAUUACAAUUUACAAAGAAUAUUUCAAACUGUGGAUGUUAUAUGAUGUUUGUGAUGUUACCCUUAGUGUAUAUCCACACUGGGCAAACUCGACCUUUGGUAUGCUAGCACAAUGCUCUGCCUUUAGGUAAGAAAGUUUUAACAUAGAAUUCCAAGUAAACAAUUUAGUUGACACGUUAUUUCUAAUAUUCGUAUUAAUCGUAUAAUUAUUAAUUGGUAAGUAUUGGGAAGGUGUGGAAUAAUGACAAUGUGCUGAAUUGUAUUAUAUAGCCUACGAAUUUGUUAAACAAAUUUUGACUAUUGACAAGUUGACAACCAAUUUGGUUGUCAAUUAAUAGUCAAAAUUAAUAGUUUUAUAACAAAUGUGAACCAAGUACUCCUGUAGAUCACUCUUUUGACUUUUGUGUUCAAUAAUUCUCUCAGAGAGAUUCACCAUUUAAAUAUUGUGAACAUAGCUUUAGUCUUGAAGGUUCUAUAAUAAAAUAUUCUGCACUGCAUGGUGGACUAUGGACACACACUUCUGAUUUGUUUAAAUUUUUGUGUUGAACAAUUAAGUAGCUUAGUAGUUUAUGUUGCAGCUUGUAUUGUAUAUAAAGAAAAUGUACGUGAUAUGGAACCGUAAAUGCUCAAAUUAUUCCUUUGCGAACAAAAUGGUUGUCAAAAUUUCGUAGUACGUACCCCUUCAAAUUACUUCAGCAUUUUGUUAUAAUUAUUGUUAUAAUUACAAAUUGUGCGUCUGAAAUUCUGAGUCCCUUUUUGUACUCAUUCCGCCAUUUUGUUAUAAUUAUUCCAUUGCGAAGAAAUUGGGUGUCUGAAAUUCGGAGUCCCUUUUUGUACUCAUUCCGCCAUUUUGUUAUAAUUAUUCCAUUGCGAAGAAAUUGGGUGUCUGAAAUUCGGAGUCCUUUUUUGUGCUCAUUCUGCCAUUUUGUUGUAAUUAUUCCAUUGUAACAAAAUUGGGUGUCUGAAAUUCGGAGAUAUAUUCCACUGCAAACAAAAUGGGUGAAAUUUGUAUCCUAUUUACUUGCUGUUACUUUUACUAUAUAUUCACUAUACAUUAUUUGUCUUUAAAGUAUGGAGUGACCUUUUUGUUUCAUUAAAAUUAUUUAAUAAUUAGGGAGCAAAAGAAAGGCAAUUUUCCCUAACACUCCCUACUUUAAAUACUUUGAUAUUUAACUCUGAUGUAUAUGUCUCGCCACAGUUAUACAAGAUAUGUUGGAUAGUUAUAUCCAAUCUAUAUUAGGUUAUAUCCAAUGCAGUAGGAUAGAUAAAUAUCCAGCCAAUUUAAUUGAUGGUAUUAUUCAAAUAUAUACGGUUCAGGUCUCACUUUAGGUUAAGUAAAACCCAACUUCCUGAAACUAACCUUAACCUGAUUGUUUGCCAUGGUUCCGUUUUGUGCGCCUAAACCCAACUGAGCAGCUUAUUUUCUGCAAUCACAAUCUUCCUGUUUUCGCGUCAGCGACAUAUAUACAAGUGUAAACAAGGUCUUCAACGUUCUCGCAAGUUAAAUAACGAUAUAGAAGUUUGAGUGUUUAUCAUUUGACCUGCAUAAGACUUAAGUCAUUCACCACUUGUGAAACAAUACAAUCAAAUAUUCUAUUUAAUAAGACGUCAUAAAACUGUGCCUAUGCACUAUAGUUCUCUUAUAUUAGCUAAUAAGUUUUUGAGUGGACACAUCUCGUCGCGAGUGGACACAGGUCGUAAAAUUUCACGAAUUUAACAAGUCGUACGUAUUUCGUGAAGAUUUGCCAUUUGACCAUGGUGCAUAGGAUUUAAGUCACGCACCACUCGUGUGUGGCGAGUGGCCACGGGUCGUACAAUUUCACGAAUUUAACGAGUCGUACAAAUUUUGUGAGGUUUUACCAUUUGACUAGGUGCAUAUGACUUAAGUCACCCACCACUCGUGAAACGUUUGUCACGUGUGGAAACGGAACGUAAAAUUUCACGAAUUUAAGAAGUCGUACGAAUUUCCCGCGGUUUUGCCAUUUCAUCAGGUGCAUAAGAUUUAAGUCAUUCACCACUUGUGAAACAAUACAAUCAAAUAUUCUAUUUAAUAAGACGUCAUAAAACUGUGCCUAUGCACUAUAGUUCUCUUAUAUUAGCUAAUAAGUUUUUGAGUGGACACAUCUCGUCGCGAGUGGACACAGGUCGUAAAAUUUCACGAAUUUAACAAGUCGUACGUAUUUCGUGAAGAUUUGCCAUUUGACCAUGGUGCAUAGGAUUUAAGUCACGCACCACUCGUGUGUGGCGAGUGGCCACGGGUCGUACAAUUUCACGAAUUUAACGAGUCGUACAAAUUUUGUGAGGUUUUACCAUUUGACUAGGUGCAUAUGACUUAAGUCACCCACCACUCGUGAAACGUUUGUCACGUGUGGAAACGGAACGUAAAAUUUCACGAAUUUAAGAAGUCGUACGAAUUUCCCGCGGUUUUGCCAUUUCAUCAGGUGCAUAAGAUUUAAGUCAUCCACAACUGGUACAUUCGUUAUGCGUUCACACGGGUCGUAACAUAAUAUACAAAUAAAAAACACAACUCGUCAAUCACGAGUUACGAAUUUCACAAGUCGUUAAGUGCGACAGUAUUGGACAACCAUCGCUUACCUCACCUCACCUUACCAUAACUUUAACUUUAAUUUUAACUUUAACCUUAACCCCAUAUCGCUUACCUCACCUCACCUUACCAUAACUUUAACUUUAAUUUUAACUUUAACCAUCUAACCCCAUCAACCUUAACCUUAACCUUAACCUUAACUUUAACUUUAACUUUAACUUUAACCCUAACACUAACUUUAACUGUUAAUUUUAACUUCACUUCACUUAUAACUUAAAAGUUUUAAACUGCCUGAGUACAGUCAGAGUCAUUUCUUAUUUGUGCAGUUUACUACCGCAGAGAAUAUAACUUUGCUUAUCCUGGAUAGCUCUAUCAGUUCUAAAUUGUUCUUCCUAGAAGCACAUGCAAUCUUGGAUAAUAAAAUAAAUGGAUAGGAAACUGGCUGACGUGACCUAAUAUUUUCAAUGGGCUGAUGGCGUGUUUGGAUGUUGAAACUUAGUUGCACACCAAAUUCUCAAAAACGGCAUGUUUAGCAAUAAUACAGCUAAAUAUUUUAGUCAUAGAGCAAAUGAAAAUAACUACGCCAUUCUACGAUGAAAUCUCUAAGUAUUCUCAGUCAAUUUUAGCAAAUAUUCUGAGCACUAAACAGUGAAAAAUGCAUCCCAAAUUUCGUUAAAAUAAGGGGACGCCAAUUUCGUAGCUACAAAUGUAAAAAAUACAAAACAAAGACGAAAAACAUUUACCUUGAAUACUUUGUCGUGGAAACGUCCUCAGAGAUAUGAAAAACUAGUUUCAUAUUAGUCUGACUCGAUAGCUCAAUAGGUAAAGCGGCGGUCUGGAUACUCAAAGAUGCGAGUUCAAAUUCCGCUCGAGCCAACGAAUUUUUCGUUGCUCGAUUGCAGUGUCAGAUUAAUAUGAAACUAGUUUUUCAUAUCUCUGAGGAUGUUUCUGAAAUAGAAUCGAAACACUGCGCGUCCUCUAAGACAAGCGUUGAGUCGUCAUGAAAAUAUUUCGUGCACUUAAAUUGGAUAAGACUCGCUACCAAUCCCUGUUGACUCGAUAGCUCAAUAGGUAGAGCGGCGGUCUAGAUACCCAAAGAUGCGAGUUCAAAUCACGCUCGAGCCAACGAAUUUUUCGUUGCUCGAUUGCAGUGUCAGAUUAAUAUGAAACUUUGUCGUAGCUUAGGCAUGUUUUUAAAACAAUUAGACUAGUUUAUGCUUCAAUAUUAGUCCUUUAAAGAGGAAAAUUGAGCGAAACGACAAAAUUGCCAAGAAUACGCGUGACGUCACAGAUUGCAACCAGGUUGUUUUUGCUUACGUCAGUUAGAGUCCUUUCCAUUUAUGUUAUUAUCCAUGAUGCAAUCAAGGCUAUUCUUUAUUGCUGCAGUGUUACUGCAUGAGGAAACUUUUACUAAUUUGACUUUACGUAUCUUGGAUAGCUCUAUAAGUUCGUGAGGGUCAAUACAGUGUUUUUGCAAGUGGAGCCAAAAUUCUCAGAGAAAACCUGAGGAACAAUUUGCACAUUCGAUCAAUGAAGAAUAUUUAUAAUCAAACAUCUGUACACUACAAGAGUCGGAGCUGUGGCAUUAAUCACUAUGCAACCAGGACCCCAAUUUUAUUAAAUUCACUAUAUUUUUUGAAAAGCGCAUAUCUUCAACAAUGAUGCACUAGUAUUAUAAAUAGUAUUUUAUUAAAGAAAUGCUAAAACUGUUGUAAAUGUGUGUUUCAGGUAGAUUGCUAUCGUAUGUCAGUGACGAAUGCCCGAGUGUGAAGAAGCUGUUAGAGCACGUCCGUGAAUCAUGCGGCAAGAUUUGCCGUCUUUUACCAUUAUUUUCCUGCCUCAAACUUGAAGGGCCAGAGAUGUCUAAAAAGAGCUUUGAUUGUUACUUAGUGUCAUUAGCAACGUCCAUUAGUUCAGCUGGUACUAUUGUGAUUUGUGGUUUGUUCAACGCUUUAAUUCAUAUCCAUGAACUAGAGACAGGUAUGUAACUGAAUGGUGAAGAAAAAAAAAGCCAAAGUUUGGGAAUUUUAAUCAUCUUUCCUUGCAGCUGAGUCCUGAAUAGCGAAGGACACAGCUCAAACGUGACCGACUCACUAGGACGCCUGGAACCUGACUGUAACCAUUUACAGCUGUGGUGAAAGGGUCAAUUGUUAUGGGAAAGGAAAACUGAAAAAUCCGGACAAAAAACCCUAUAUACUGUAGAAUGACAAGAGAGAACCAACUACAAUUUACAUAUAUGAAAUUUCCCCUAAGUACAUCAACUCGAAGCAGGGCAGUCUCAUAUUUUACUCUUGACCUUCGGAGAAGGCUUAAUUCAGCGGUGAGGCGCAGCGCGAUAACCUAUUCUGCUUGCCAUGCUUGGUAGUUUGAUAUGAGCAGGCUUGGUCAUAAUGAAACAAAGGCGCUGACACGCUCCCUAGGCGCUUCUUUUUGCACACGUACUAAAAUAAGUGUCAGCGACACAUGUAAGCAUAUUUUUGUACUUCUUGUCCUUGAGAAAAACCUGCAUGUAAUAUAUUAAUAACAGUACAUUCAUUGUUCAGGCUAAAACCAAUCAAUCCAUAAACUAACUUAGCUUGUCCAUAAUUUUUUUUUAUCUUGGCGGCCUUGCCGCUUGCCGGUUACCUUUGAGUUAAUAAAUAAUACGUAUAAAGAUUUUUUUUUUGCAAAAUUUUGGCGCGAUAUUUCAAAUCUUAAUUCCAUCAGUUUAUAUAUAAAGAUAGAGAAUUUUUACAACCGCCAUUUUUGAUGGAACCCAUAGAGUAUUAGAAUUACACUCUUGAAAUACUUAUAAUUUAUCUAUUACACUCUUGAAAUACUUAUAAUUUAUCUAUCUAUAUAAACAGGCAAAGAAUUGCAUAAACUUAAAGGACAUACAGGUCCAGUGUGGUGUUUGGCUUUGUCACACAGUCGAAAACAUCUUGCGUCAGGGUCACGUGACAAUACUGCAAGAUUAUGGAGUAUGGAUACUUUUGACCAGUUAAACGUUUUACAAGUAGAAGAUUGUGAGGUGUAUGCAUUGUGUUUCAGUACAGAUGACCAGCGAUUAUUUACUGGAUCAGGUGAUGGUAAGCAUCUACAGCGCCGGUCAAUCAAGGAUGAGAGUUGAUAAGAGUUGGCAAUCGAGAG